AACUCGUUUGAGUAUUUUUCGUCACAUCUUCACCUCUCUCUAUAUUCUGUCAUUCUCGCUUGAUCCCUCAACGCCACCUGCCAUCCUUUCUCCAUUUUCGCGUUGGUUUCGAUCUUGUUGCUUCGAUCGCUCAACUGGGGGAUCACGGGGAUGUAUGUAAAUGGAGCAGAAAAGAAGUUCACGGUAAAUAAUUGAUGGAUUUCGAGCUGUCUCGUUGUUAGACGGUCGGUCUUGGAAUGCGUCGUGCUAUACUUCCAAAACAUGUGGCCGCGGUUGUUAGGUACCAAAAGGAUCCUCUCAGAGCAUUGGAGAUGUUCAAUUCAGUUAGAAAAGAAGAUGGCUUCGAGCACACAUUGUCGACUUACAAAUGCAUGAUUGAAAAGCUCGGGUUUCAUGGGGAGUUUAAGGCUAUGGAGAAUUUGCUGGCAGAGGUGAGAUCAAACAUCGAUAGCGGUUUACUCGAAGGAAUCUAUAUUGGGGCCUUGAGAAGUUAUGGAAGGAAAGGCAAGAUUCAGGAAGCCGUCAAUGUGUUUGAGAGGAUGGAUUUCUACGGUUGCGAGCCGUCAGUCCAAUCUUACAAUGCUAUCAUGAAUAUACUUAUUGAGAAUAGUUACUUUAAUCAAGCCCAUAAAGUGUAUCUGAGGAUGAGGGAUAAAGGGAUUGCUCCAGAUGUGUACACUUUCACAAUCAGGAUAAAGUCCUUUUGUCGGACAGGUAGGCCUCAUGCUGCUCUAAGACUUCUCCGAAAUAUGACUUCUCAGGGUUGUGAUCACAAUGCUGUUGCGUAUUGUACUGUCAUUGGUGGGUUCUAUGUAGAGAAUUAUCGAUGUGAGGCAUAUGAAUUGUUUCUUGAGAUGCUUAGUUUAGAUAUUUAUCCUGAUAUCACCAUAUUCAAUAAGCUGAUUCAUAUACUUUGCAAGAAUGGGGACAUCCAGGAGAGUGAAAAGCUUUUUGCCAAUAUCCUGAAGAGGGGAUCAAGUCCAAAUUUGUUCACAUUCAAUAUUUUCAUUCAAGGACUUUGCAGGAAAGGAGCUCUUGUUGAGGCUGUGAAGUUGCUGGAAAGUGUAACUACGGAGGGUUUAACUCCAGAUGUUGUCACGUAUAACACUUUAAUUGGUGGCUUGUGUAAGAAUUCUAGGGCUGUGGAAGCUGAAAGCUAUGUGCGUAAAAUGGUGAAUUUUGGGCUUGAGCCAGACGACUAUACAUACAACACUAUAAUCAAUGGAUACUGCAAAGUUGGUCUCACAGAAAAUGCAGAUAAAAUUCUUAAUGAGGCCGUUUUCAAGGGAUUUGUGCCUGAUCAGUUCACAUAUUGUUCUCUCAUCAGUGGGUUCUGCCAAGAUGGUGAUGUCAGGCGUGCUAUGGAUUUAUUUAAUGAGGUAUCAAGAAGAGGAGUGAAAUCUAAUGUUGUUCUCUACAAUACAGUGAUCAGAGGCUUGUCCCAGAAUGGGCUUAUAAUGGAAGCCUUGGAAUUAAUGACUGAGAUGUCGGAAAAUGGUUGUUCCCCCGACAUAUGGACAUACAAUCUUGUUAUUAAUGGACUUUGCAAGAUGGGCUGCGUAUCUGAUGCUUAUGGCCUGAUGGAUGAUGCUAUAACCAGAGGCUACAUUCCUGACAUUUUUACUUUCAAUACAUUGGUUGAUGGCUUUUGUAAGCAAUUGAAGUUGAAUAGUGCAAUUGAGAUUAUGGAGAGAAUGUGCAGUCAUGGUGUUUUUCCCGAUGUGAUCACAUAUAACUCUUUGUUGAAUGGCCUAUGCAAGGCUUCAAAGUUUGAACAUGUGAUGGAAACGUUCGACACAAUGAUAGUGAAACAGUGCAUCCCUAACAUCAUUACUUACAAUAUACUCAUUGAGAGCUUAUGCAAGACUCACAAAGUAAAGGAAGCUUUGGAUUUGCUCGAUAAGAUGGAAAUAAAGGGGAUUGCACCAGAUAUUGUAAGUUUUGGCACACUGAUUAAUGGUCUUUGUGAUCAUGGGGAGCUGGAUGAAGCCUACAACUUUUUCAGGAAAGUGGAGGAGCAUUAUAAGGUUUCUCAUACGACAGCAACAUACAAUAUAAUGAUCCAUGCUUUUCUGAGAAAACUAAAAAUUGAACUGGCAGGAAAGCUUUUACAUGAGAUGAGUGUCAAAGGUUGCCUUCCCGAUAGUUACACAUAUCUUGUGAUGAUUGAUGGAUUCUCUAAAGCAGGGGAUGUUGACUCUGGAUAUAACCUUCUACUCGAAAAAAUUGAGAAGGGUUUUAUUCCAACGCUUGCUACAUUUGGACGCGUAAUAAAUUGCCUUUGUGUGAAGCAUAGGGUUCAUGAGGCUGUUGGGAUCAUUCACCUUAUGGUUCAAAAGGGAAUUGUUCCUGAGGUAGUGAACGCUAUUUUUGAGGCUGACAAAAAGGAGGUGGCCGCGCCUAAGAUUGUUGUGGAAGACUUGUUGAAGAAAAGCCAUAUAACUUAUUAUACUUAUGAACUUCUCCAUGAGGGUGUUAGGGAUAAAAAGAUGCUAAAGAAGAUGCCUCCUAGUAGAUUCUUACGUGACCCAAAGAAGAUGUCCUCGUCUGUUGAUACAUCGAUAUCUUGAAAGGAUGGAACAGUCAUACAUUUUGCAUGAUUUUAGUUCCAAACCUUGCAAUGCUUCAAUUACUAUUGCCAUAUAAGAAAAGGUCUACUGGUAUAUUGACAAAGAAGACAUAUUACAGGAUUGUACGAGGAUGUGGUGACAACUGAAUAUUAUGUCGAACUACAUGAGCACGCAUGUAUAGAUCCAUAGCUCUAUCAUAGGCUGCUCUUUCCUUUGUCGACAGAAUUCCAACAUGUCAGCAAGCACCUUCACUGAGAGUCCUGUGUAUAUAGCUUCGCUUGGGCCAAGAUCAUCUUCAAUAUACUAUUGAGGCUCAACUCUUUGUUGCCAUGGAAGCUAGGGUAAGGCAUUUAGCUACCUCUUGGUAAUUUACAUUCUCAUUUCUAGUGGAAUAAAGAAAAAAAGUACAUUUUUGUAGAUUUUCUAGUGCUCCAUAUAAAACUCACUCUUCCCCCCUCUCUGGGUCAGAAUUCCCUAUAUAUCAGAAAUCUUCGCUACAUGGAAUCUUGCCCAUAUGGUUUCUUCAGGCUGAGUUCACCAGAUAUUGAGAUUGAACUCAUUUGUGCGCUCAAACUCUGGUAAGGCGCUAUGCUAAUUCUCGAUUGAUGAGGUUGCAGCAUAUUUCAAGGUUGGUUUACGUGGAAAAUGAAUCGCAAUUGAUGCCUGUACAAAUUUACUUAUAAGCAGGCCAGUCAAUGGAGAAGGAUGAACCAGUGAGGAUUAAGCUUAUUAAAAUGAGAACGUGACCUCAACUCCACUGACUAGUCAUUCAAGGCUAUGUGAAGCAUAAGAACGAGAACCUUGUGCCGGUGGUCAUCUGGAAGUGAAAUCUGUUUCAUAAGAACUGUGAUUUGAUUGACAGAAUUAUUUACAUGCCUGAGAAGGAGAUGUUGGAUAGUCAUCAUAUUUGGUUCAGCACUAUUCAUAUUUGUUUCCUAGAGGUACUUGUAAUGCUGUAUAAUUUGCAUUUACCAAUCACAUUUUCCUUUUCAAACGACUGUCCGUCCUAUCUUAUUUUUAGCAAUGACAAGGUACGUAAUAUUAGUUUA